AUGGGACUCAGUUCACAUAGUACUUGGGUCCAGCUGUUAGACAAGAUCGAGUUCCAUAGUUUUCUGGAGUUGGCUAAGUUUCAGGUGUUACGAAAUAGGAAGGUGUUAUUAUCAACAGUGGACUGCGAACGAGGCUUCAGUCGUCAGAACCUCAUCAAGACUGACCUCAGGAACAGCCUCAGAAGCCAGAGUCUGGAAAACCUCAUGAGGGUAUCAGUCGACCACAAAACCUCCAACAGCAGCACUUAUAUCGACUACGAUGCAGCAUCCAACCCACUCGAGUGCCAGCAUGGGGAGGAGGAGGAGGAGGUGGAGGAGGAUAUACAUACUCUUCCCUUCGAAAGGACAAACCUCAUCAAGACUGACCUCAGGAACAGCCUCAGAAGCCAGAGUCUGGAAAACCUCAUGAGGGUAUCAGUCGACCACAAAACCUCCAACAGCAGCAUUUAUAUCGACUACGAUGCAGCAUCCAACCCACUCGAGUGCCAGCAUGGGGAGGAGGAGGAGGAGGAGGAGGAGGAGGAGGAGGAUACUCCCACCGAAAGGACAGUUCAUUGUAAGUUGAGGCUGGAUUCCUUCUUGCACCGGUGUUUGAGUUCAGAAGAGGAACAAUUUAUUGAUUUUGUCCAUAAGGACAUAGAACACUUUCUUAAAUGUUACACCAAAAAGAGUGUGCUGUUGUUUCCACCACUUAGCAGUUUCCACCGACUGCUGAUCCACAAGGCCGCCGAGGAAUACAAGCAAUUGCACACCUUCUCAGUAGGUCAAGGACAGUCCAGACGUACCACUGUCUGUCUUCAGGAAGAUCUUAACAAUUACUCCCAGAAAGGAGAAGGAUUGAUGUCAUUGAAUCGGCCCCCUUCGGCUAGAGGAAGGGGGCGGGGGCGAUGGUCAAGUCCUGGGUCCGAGUUUGAUAACAAACUUCAGAAUAGACCCAGAGAUGGCCAUGGGAGGGAGGAUAGAUACAAAGAUGGCCCAAGGACGGAGGACAGACACAAUGAUCACCUGCGGACUGAGGACAGACACAGAGAUGGCCUUAGGACAGAUGACAGACAUGAACAGAAAUCCCCUAGAGGGGUCGAUGUAUCACCAAUUUCACAUGUCCCGUCAUCAAAAGGACGUGGACCAAAAACAAGAACAAGAAACAAAAGGCCAGACGCUCAGAUCUAUGUACCUAGGGGUCGAAGACAACAGCAAGUGCCUGUCAAUCAACACGAUGACACAGGAGAUAAGCAACCCCAUAACAGUGAUAUGGACAGUAGGACAGGGAUUAAAGGUCAUGGAGAGGGGGACAUGAACCUUCGUAACAGCGAUGUGGACAGUCAGACAGGGACUAUAGGUCAUGUGACAGCGGACAUGAACCUUCGUGACAGCAAUAUGGACAGUAGGACAGGGACUAGAGGUCAUGUGACAGCGGACAUGGACCUUCGUUACAGCGAUGUGGACAGUAGGACAGGGACUAUAGGUCAUGUGACAGCGGACAUGGACCUUCGUAACAGCGAUGUGGACAGUAGGACAGGGAAUAUAGGUCAUGUGACAGCGGACAUGGACCUUCGUGACAGCAAUAUGGACAGUAGGACAGGGAAUAUAGGUCAAGGUCAUGGAGAGGGGGACAUGGACCUUCGUUACAGCGAUGUGGACAAUAGGACAGAGAAUAUAGGUCAUGGGACAGGGGACAUGAACCUUUGUGACAGAGAUUUUGACAAUAGGACAGCGAGUAUGGAUCAUAGGCCAAGGGACAGAAAUCUUCUUAACAGAGACACAAACAAAAGGAUAGGGGUUAUAGAUGGUGGGGCAACCAACAGGGACCCUCAUAAGAGAGAUGAUCAUCCACCAUCUACAAAUCUACCAACAACCAAACAGGCAUCUAGGAAAUCUAGACCUCAGAACCAAGUGUAUGUACCACCGCAUCACAGGAAUCUAUUGCAAGAAACCUCUGGUUCGUCACAUCAAGAGACCUCUGGUCCGUCACAUCAAGAGACCUCUGGUCCGUCACAUCAAGAGACCUCUGGUCCGUCACAUCAAGUUACCUCUGGUCCGUCACAUCAAGAGACCUCCGGUCCAUCACAUCAAGAGACCACUGGUCCAUCACAUCAAGAGACCUCUGGUCCGUCACAUCAAGAGACCUUUGGUCCGUCACAUCAAGAGACCUCUAGUCCAUCACAUCAAGAGACCUCUCUUCCAUCACAUCAAGAUACCUCUGGUCCAUCACAUCAAGAGACCACUGGUCCAUCACAUCAAAAGACCACUGGUCCAUCACAUCAAGAGACCACUGGUCCAUCACAUCAAGAGACCUCUGGUCCGUCACAUCAAGAUACCUCUGGUCCAUCACAUCAAGAUAACUGUGAUCCAAGGACACACUGUAGAAUUCAGGACAUGGAGGCUGUUUCUGAGUUCAAAAGUGCAGAGUUUGAUAAAAGUAAAAUUAGUGGUGACCCACAUUAUAGGACAAAAAUCAAACGAGUAAAAUUGAGCAACUCCCUCAGUAAGUUAAAAAGUGGAGAUGACACGGAGAGAGAACAGAAAAGUGCUAAUACCUCAUCAGAUAUUCAUAUUGAACAGUGGAGUUUAUCAAGUGAUCCUAGCCCUAGUCUACCUGGAAUACAAGAUCUGUCCCCUAGUGAAUCAGAUAUACAUAUGCCUGGCCCUAGUGAAUCAGAUAUACAUGAUCUGGCCCGAAGUGAAUCAGAUAUACAUAUGCCAGACCCUAGUGAAUCAGAUGUACAUAUACCAGGCCCUAAUGAAUCAGAUAUACAUAUGCCUGGCCCUUGUGAAUCACAUGUACAUUUGCCAGUCCCUAAUGAAUCAGAUAUACAGGAUCCUGGCCCUAAUGAAUCGGAUAUACAUGAUCUGGUCCCAAAUAAAUCAGAAAUACAUAAGCCUGGCCCUAGUGAAUCAAAUAUACCUAUGCCAGGCUCUGGUGAUUCAGAUACACAAGUUCCAGCCAAAUUGGACAUUCUAUCUUGUGAUGAUCACUCUGGUUUCGUCAGUGGACAUGGUGAUCAAAGAUAUUCCCAUGGUGCUAAGGUUGACCCUGGUGACUGUACUAGUUGUGACAAAGGUGAAGUCCAGCCCUCCACCACCAACCCUGAUACAUCUACAGACAUCACAAACAUAGACAAGGCAUCUGAACAAGAAGCUUGUUCUCAGUCAAACGAAUCAUGUCAGCCAUUGGAUGAGAGGGAUUCAGGGACGUUAGAAAGAAGUAUUAGCAACAAUGAGUCAUCUACCAGUACCAAGUCUGAUCAAACAUUAACGGCCGUGCAGGAAUAUGAGAAUGACGGUGAUCACCAACAAACUGUGGUAGAAACAAGCGCCACUGAAAAUGUUAGUACAAUCAAAACAGAUAAUCAUGGUAAGGAAGAGCAAAUACAAGAUUCUUCUGACCAAGUGGAUGUAGCUACAGUUUUCAAUCGUGAUUGUGUUGAUAAGGUGUCCAGUACAAGGUGCUGCACAGACAACCAGACUGAUGGACCGGAAUGCAUGGAUGUAGAUAGUGAACUUUGCAGUGAUGAUGAGGAGAAAGAGGAAGAGGAAGAUUCCUGGGACAAGAUUUUCGAUGAUGAGGGAGAAUGCCUUGAUCCUGAUGCCUUGGAAGAGUUAACAUCUGCGAUUGGAAAAGUCAAAAUUAAAAAACCUGUGAUUGAUUACCUUGCCUUCAAACCACGAGAGCCGGACCUCAGUCGGGAGGAUUUGGGUCAUGUGGUCGAGAUAUAUGACUUCUCAGCAGAGUUAAAAACUGAGGACUUGAUGUCAGCAUUCCAGCAGUUUAAGAGCAAAGGCUUUGACAUCAAAUGGGUGGAUGAUACUCAUGCGCUGGGAGUGUUUAACAGUGUGAUAGCAGCCCAAAGUGCCCUGACUCUGAGUCACCCCUUGCUGAAGGUCAGGGCAAUGUCUGAAGCAGCUAGACAGAGCAAGGAAAAAGCUAAGCGAAGUGUUGAGUUCCUGCUUCCUUACAAAGCACGCCCAGAGACAUCUGUUAUGACUGCUCGGCGACUGGUGACGGGGGCCCUGGGGCUGGCCCCUAAGGUGUCCCGAGAGCAGAGGGACCUAGAACGUCAGAAGCUUCGACAGGCCAAAGAAAAGAAGAAGCUGAUGAAGAAACAAAUAGAUGGUAUAUGGGAAGGAACAUACACAUGGGGUAAUUCGGAAACAUCCUGAUGGAAUUUCUCACUGACAAGUGCCUAUUAAACACGGUCGAUUGUCAGCUUGGCCAAGCAAUGAAGUGCCCUUCUAUCCUCUGCCUGAAAACUUAAGAUAUUUUUAAAUAACUUUAUAAAAUUUGAUAUUGUCACACAAUACCUAAAAAUAAUGAUGUGCAAUUGAGCAAAUUUAAAAUUGAAAUAAAUCAAAAGAAACAACAUCAUUAUCAUCAGAUCAGUUUAGACACAUUCUAGAAAUACAUCUAUGAUGUGGCUAGGAAGAGAGGUGAUUUGGUGACCCUAUAUGGCUAGAGAUUAAGUAACAGGUGCUGGAAGAAACAUCACACAUGAAGUGCUAACAGUCUAUGUGUUACAGUAGGAGCUCCUGCUUUUGGAGGUCUGGAGCAAGAUUGAUUCAAGGUGAAUGUCUUUCUUUACUGAGAGAGGGAGUAUCCCUAAUUUGGUUCAAAGGAUAACUGAACCAUAGGAACAGUGUAUAAGUAAGAAAUACAAUACUGUUAGCAGAGGGCCCUCUCAAGUUAAAGUAAAUAAAUCGUAAAGAAUCGCUCAAAAUUACAAAAUGUUUGGACUACGGCUAUCAUUGCAAAGAUGAAAUAUCGUCAUUAUUGGACUAUACGGCUAUCAUUGAAAAGAUGAAAUAUCGUCAUUUUAUGUGCACAUGCAGCAAGUUUGAUAUAAAUUGUAGAUUAUUUAUGAGAUAUUUAUUUUUGCAUAAAAUUAAACAUCAAUCAUGAAUUUAAGUAUCAAACAAACAAUAUGUAAGAUGUAUAAUGUACUCAGUAAAUAAAUUAAUGUUCUCACUGAUAAGGACCGAAAGAUUAGUUCACAAAGUGCUAGUAAUCUACAGUAUAUAUAAGUAUAAUUAUAUAAUAGUUGGCAUGAUAUACAUACAUUUUGCUAUAUUUAUUGUUUUUGAAUAAACAUGAAAUGCUGUC